AUGCUAAAAGGUGCCAUUCGGGGUGUCCGAAUUGAAUGGGUUUCUGCCGAAGACGGUUCCCACAUUCUCAGUGUUGGAAUUGGCGCCAAAAUCUAUAUGUACACCCAGGUCUCUAUGGAUUCUGCUCAAAGAAAUGUAACAUUUGUGAAAGAGAGUGAAAGCGCCCUUAGGCGACCUUCCCUCCAAAACACUUCGCCUUUUGUUGCAUACUCACAUUCACAUAAUCACCUUGCUCGUUGGGUGUGCGCUCGAGUCCUCGAACUGCAUUCUGCUGAUGGCCUGCCUCCUUUACCUACGACGCUCGGUUGGGUUCGAGACGGUUUGUUCAUUGUGGGGAUGCCAAGUGAAAUGCGCGUGUACGACCAGUGGAGUAUGCAGCGAACGAGUGACGACAACAACACGUUUGUGAUUUAUUUUAUUUGUUUUCCAUAA